AUGGCUUUGUCGGUAUCCAGAAGGCUUUUACGCUCAUUUGGCUCCGUCUUAGCAUCGGGCCGCUGUGACUCUCCAAGGGUUGUCUCUCCUGAAGAAUUCUCAGCUGUUUCCAAGGCUGGAUCGUCUUUUCUAGCCAAUCGAAGGCUUUCAACUUCUAUCCCAUCUCCUGAAUCAAGUGGAGGAGCAUUUCCCUCUAAUUUAUUGUCUGCAAAGCCUGUGGUUGCUUCAGAGCGGAAGGAUAUCAUUCAUCGGGUUGUACUGUGGCAGCUAGCAAAACGGCAACAGGGAACACAUUCAACAAAAACUAUUAGUGAGGUUAGUGGGACUGGGAGAAAACCAUGGAAUCAGAAGGGUACUGGUCGAGCGAGGCAGGGAUCAUUGCGUAGUCCCCAGUUCAGAGGAGGUUCCACAAUGCAUGGUCCUAAGCCACGAAGCCAUGCUUUUAAGCUGAAUAAGAAGGUCCGGCGUCUAGGGCUAAAGAUUGCUCUGACAGCUAGAGCAGCAGAGGGAAAGCUUCUAUUUUUUGAUGAUUUUGAGGUCCCCACACAUAAAACCAAGAAUAUAGCGAACUACGUCCAGCAAAUGGAGGACUCCAAGAAACUUCUGCUGGUGGAUGGUAUCUUACCUGAAAAGCUCAAGUUGGCUACACAAAAUUUACAUUAUUUGAACGUGCUGCCCGCAGUAGGUUUGAACGUCUACAGCAUCCUGCAGCAUGAUACACUAGUGAUGUCCCGUACUGCUGUAAAUGAAAUUGUUGAGCGGAUGCACACUCCAAUUAAACGUUGA